GAGUGUUGGCACACUCGGAUGGGCUUCGGUGGGAAGUUAAAACCCAAUUUUCUGUUGCUCUCUGUGUGGUCUCGUACGCAGCUUGCGACGCACUACAGCGGACACUAGCCAACUCAGUCGUCGUUCUCCGACGCAGUUAUCGUUCAGUAGUUAGAAGUCGGAAAAAUAACCCGCGGCGACAUCGCCUCAGACUCGCCGGGUUCAAAAAGAAGAAAGGGAAGGGGGAAAAGAAAGAAAAUUCGAGGAAAACAGGAGACACUGGAUCAAACUUUUCCCGUUGACACCUGGGAAAUCCCUGUUGAAAUCCUCUCAUUUCGCCGGUUGGAACAUUGACAACAUGUUCGAUCAGCACAUGUCACAGUCCGGGAGCAUCGCGUCAAUGUCAGGGCUCGCUGGUUUCGGGAAAUGAUGACUGGAAGCACCGACGGCAAAAUAAUGGUCAGGAGAUGGCUAGUGACGUUCAAGCCGUUCAGGAUAUUCGUGGUGGGAAUAGGCUUCUUCAGCCUGUGCUUUCUAAUGACUUCUCUUGGGGGGCAAUUCUCAGCCAAGAGACUGGGGGACUCCCCUUUCACCAUCCGUACAGAAGUGCUGGGAGGUGUGGAGUCGCGUGGUGUACUGAGGAAGAUCAGUGACAUGCUGGAGGUGAUUCUGAAGCGAAUGGACAGCCUUGCCAAGUUGGACAACGCCACAGCUGCCGAUACAAGACGACUGGAUGAGCUUAGCUCUUCAAUCAACAAGUUUCAACCAGCCAGCCUGAUGGAUAUGAUCCAGACUAUUGCCCAGAAUGUCUCCAACAUUGCAGUCAGAGUGGAGCAGAUACUGCAAACCAGCAUCAUGCAAGGCAAAGCAGGACGAGAUGGGACGUCAAGCCAGUGUGAAGUCCCCAAAGACCCAAGAUAUCCAGAGUGUCCUGGUAAAGUAGAUUGGAUGCGAGCACGCUGGACCUCUGACCCUUGCUACGCUUUCUAUGGCGUUGAUGGCUCCGACUGCUCCUUCCUGGUCUACUUGAGUGAAGUGGAGUGGUUCUGCCCCCCGCUGGCCUGGAGGAAUCACAGCAGUCAGCCAAACCUCCAAAAUGUCCACCAUAUUCAGCAGCCUAAGGGGACCAAGAGGACCGCUGCCUUCCGUACAGAUCUGUCUAUGUUACUCGACCAGAUUGGCGCAGGAAAGGAGUCUUUGAGCUUCAUGAAGCGUAGAAUCCGUCGUCUCGCACCGCAGUGGGCGACAGCUGCAUACCGCCUUGACGCUAAGCUACAACAUCGGUGGAGGGACCAGAAAAAGAUCCUAAUCCACGUUGGGUUCCUAACAGAGGAGUCUGGCGAUGUUUUCAGCCCCAAGGUGCUUAAGGGAGGUCCUCUCGGAGAGAUGGUCCAGUGGGCUGAUAUUCUUACCACACUCCACGUAUUGGGACACAACCUCAAGAUCUCCAUGUCUGUCAAGGAGCUUCAGAGCUUCCUGGGUGUGCCCCCCGGCCGAGGCAGUUGCCCACUGACUGGCCCGCUGCCUUUUGACCUCAUCUAUACGGACUACCAUGGCCUGCAGCAGAUGAAGCAGCACAUGGGGCUCUCGCUCAAGCGACACAAAUGUCACAUCCGAGUGAUUGACACUUUUGGGACGGAGCCAGCUUACAACCACGAGGAGUACGCCACUUUGCACGGCUACCGUACCAACUGGGGCUAUUGGAACCUGAACGCCAGGCAGUACAUGACCAUGUUCCCUCACACGCCAGACAACUCCUUCAUGGGAUUCGUGUCAGAGGAGCUGAAUGACACGGAGAAGAGGAGCAUCCAGCAGAGCAAAGUCAACAGCAUGGCAGUAGUGUAUGGGAAGGAAGCCAGCAUGUGGAAGGGCAAAGAAGGUUUCCUUCAGAUCCUUCACAAGUACAUGGAGGUCCACGGCACGGUGUACUACGAGACCCAGAGACCUCCAGAGGUCCCGGCCUUUGUCAAGAACCACGGCCUGCUGCCCCAGCACGAGCUGCAGCAACUGCUGCGCAAAGCAAAGCUCUUCAUCGGCUUUGGUUUUCCCUACGAAGGCCCCGCCCCCCUGGAAGCCAUAGCCAAUGGCUGCGUCUUCUUGCAACCAAAGUUUAAACCGCCUCAUAGCUCGCUCAAUCACGAAUUCUUUAAAGGCAAGCCCACGUCAAGGGAAGUGUCGUCCCAGCAUCCGUAUGCGGAGCAAUACAUCGGACGUCCUCACGUCAUGACGGUGGACUACAACAACUCUGUGGAGUUUGAAGCUGCUAUCAGAGAAAUUAUGAGGACCAAGGUCGUACCGUACCUACCUUAUGAGUACACUUGUGAGGGCAUGCUGGAGCGAGUGCACGCCUACAUACAGCAACAGGACUUCUGUGCCCCCGAGCCACCGUUUGUCGCCGCCAACGUGUCCAAACAAGGCUCCGCUGGCACUGGCGGCCUAACGAGGCCUCUCUUUACACCCCUGCCUAACUCCACAGCUCUGGGCUGGGCGCCCGACGCGACCUAUGCCCCAAGCGCCUGGCCUCCGCUCAGCUCACUGAGACUGCUUGUGUCUCAAGAAGGCGAGUCGUGUGUGGGGGCGUGCCGGAGCCACGGCUUCAUCUGUGAACCGGCUCACUUUCGCUUCAUAAACAACAAGGAGGCUCUGCGCAGGUUGGAGGUGCAGUGCGAAGUUCUGGAUUCGGAGAUGAACCACAUCCUCCCGGCCUUCUCUGUGUUACGGCGCGAGUGCGGCCUCCAGCGGGAGCCGCUGCUCUUCAGCUGUGCCGGCCAGUCGCCCAAGUACAGACGUUUAUGCCCCUGCAGAGACUUCCGGCGUGGCCAGGUGGCGCUGUGCAGGGACUGUCUCUGACCUUAGGGCAACAGAUAAUAGGCCCUCACCUGUGAGUGUAAUGUGGAAUAUGUAAGUGAGGCAAGGAAGCGCUAUGCAUGGAUUUUCAAGUGUUAGAACAGCCACUAGGCUGGGCUUCCUGUUACUCCUUACUAGUGUUGGCAAAGCCGACCAGAGCGUAGCCUACCCCCUGGAGGAAGCUUGAAGAACACGAACGCUCAUUCGGGGAACCUUUAGUCGUCACUUUGGAGGCAGAAGACGAGGCGGUGUCAUCCCUUCAAACACGUCGACGCCGACGAGGAGGCGAGCACAGUUCAAUAUCCAAUCUCCUCUCGGCACACUCACAAAAGGGAGACGGACAAGCGGGGGUUAUCGGCCGGGCUUUUUCCCACCCCCCGCAUCCUCUCCUCCCCCCUCCGUCGUCGAUUGGCAGAGUCAUUUAUCAGACCAGGGCCCCGAGUCGGAGGCAACAUCGCUCAAUGUAAUCAUCUGCGGUCACACAAGGCGGGAAAAGGAGCAGCGAGGACACGGAUAAAGGCGACAAAAUUAUUUUUCAAUGAAUACGCUCAAGUGGCUUUUUCAGAGUCCUCGGGGGCUGCCUAAUGGAGGAAACGUCAUCAAAUAAAAAGAUCGUCAUGGAUCAAAGCCUAGCACUGUCUUUUGUUGUUGCUCUUUUCUGCCAUCCAGUUUUGAACAAUUGAAUACCAUAUUGGCCCGGAUAAAAGACGGUGUUUUUUUGCAUUAAUAUAAGACUGAAAAAGAGGGGGUCGUUUUAUAUUCGCGGUCUAGACAUUAUACCCAUUCAUGACGCUAGAUGGCGCCAGAUAUCACUGAAGCGAUGUUCUGUCAUAAAAGAUCUCAGCUACUCUCCCCAUUCACGACGCUAGAUGGCGCUAGAUAUCAUUGAAGCGAUGUUCUCUCAUGACAGAUCUCAGCUUCUCUCAAGUUUAACCAGUUUGCAUUAUUUUAUUGCAAUGUUUUUCAUUAUUCAGAUUUGUCUCAAGACUACAGUUACAGUUAGACCUCACUUUGAUGAUUAACGCAGUUAUUGCAAUUUUUUUGUUUUAUCACAACAGACUGGUUUAUUUACAUUUCAAAAACCAGAAGCCAUUCAUUUAUGAAUGGGAUUGCACUUUAGUUUACACAUUUAAAUGAUGCAAAAUAACAUGAUAAACAAAAACAAUACAUAUUAUUGUUAUAAUCGGAUGUACUGUAAUUCUUUUCUGUAUAAAAAAUAAUUUGGUGUUCAAAAAGUGUUUUUUCAAACUUGAGUCUUGAUAAAGAGGGGGUCGUCUUAUAAUCAGGGCCGUCUUAUAUUCGGGCCAAUACAGUAGUUUCUUAUCAUUUUAACACACAUGUAUCCUCAUUCAGGCUUUUUCUCCAUGCUUACAGUAGUGUCCAACUCCUUUUUAUUAGCGGUCACAUUGUGGUUAUUAGGGUACUUAAAAUGGAGAAAACACAAGUGGAUAUCGCUUCGGAAAUGAUGCGCCAAAAAUCACGCUUUGGUACACUAACAUGUGGUAUUGUUCAUUGCUUUAACUAUAAAAAGAUGAUCAAAGUGUUGAAACUACAUGGCUUGUUCAGUAUUUGAUUUUAUUCGAUUUCAAGGAAAUGGCACUGAGAUGUGCAUUUGGGAGCUUGGCGGCAGUGUUGCCAACUUGGCGACUUUCUCACAAAAUUUGGUGACUUUCCAAAGCCUUUUGGUGACUUUUUUUGUCAAAGCAACUAGCGACAAAUCUAGUCACUUUUUCUGGCGUGUUUUUCAACUCACUUUUUGCUUUUCCAACGACGUCUUCUUCUCUCCUACGGCAUCCAUUACAAUUACAUGCAAAUUGCCAACUAUGCAAACUAGGUGAUGACGUCAUCUAGCGACUUCUCGAGACUUUUAGGACAGCCAGUACCUGCUUUCCUUAUGUGGAGGUGGAAACACUGCUUGGCGAAGACACUCCAUAACAACCCAGGCCAUAGACUCCACCAUCAGUUGACAAGACAGCUCCCACAGACAUUGCGCCACACCUUCCCGUAGGGGGCCGACUCCAGGCAGAGCUGAGUUGACUUUAACUGUGAUAAACUCAAACACGCUCCGUUCUAACACUGGAUUUAGGUGGAAAGAGGACAGAGGUUUUACUGUAUACAAGCAGGCUGGAGUGUCUCGAGGGAUUUGGUCGAGGAUUCAAGGUAAUUAUUAUUUUAAGUAGCACCAUGCAUGCACUUUGAACCGUGAAAAAAAAAAUCAAUGGAUAAAAUUAGUCUAACUUUGGCUUGAAAUAUUUACGUAAAAUGAAUGAUAACUGCCUGUUUUUUGCUUAUAAUCAAGACUCUAGACUGUUUUACGUUCAUAUCUAUAGAAAUUGCAUGAUUUAAGCAUUUACUUACAAGAAUUUUCAACUUAAAAAGCUCUGUUUCGUGACGGCCGCCAUGUUGGAUUACACAAUUACCAUAAAUUUGGCUUGAAAUAUUUACGUAAAAUGAAUGAUAACUGCCCGUUUUUUGUUUUUUUUGUUUUGUUUUAACCAAAAAUCUAGACCAUUUUACAUUCACAUCUAUAGAAAAAGCGCCAUUUAUACAUUUAUUUACAAGAAUUUUAAACUUAAAAAGCUCUUUGUUUCGUGACGGCCGCCAUGUUGGAUUACACAAUAACGUAACUUUGGCUUGAAAUAUUUAUGUAAAAUGAACGAUAACUGUUUUUUGUCUUUAAUGAAAGAUCUAGACUGUUUUGUGUUCAUAUCUAUAUAAAUUGCGCGAUUUAAGCAUUAAUUUACAAGAAUUUUCAACUUAAAAAGCUCUUUAUUAACUGACAGCCGCCAUGUUGGAUUUUGUAAAAAAAAAAAAAAGUUGCUAUUUCUGGUAAAGACAUGAUAUGUUAAACAAUGCUAUCGAUCCUCAAAAUAUAGAUGAUUAUCUCUGCAUUUGGUGAUUUUUGAGCAUCUAGCAUAAAAUCUCUGAAUUUUAUAGCCAUUUUAAGUUGUGUCAUAUAAAAAAUAAUCAGGCUUUUAUAACGGAACGACUUUGAAUUUUUUGAUGCCGCUGCUCAUGGAUACUCAUAUAUGCCUAAGGGAGGUGCCUCUUUUGGUUUUAGGUCAGUAGUGGCUUUGGUUUUGAAAAUAUUUGAAUUUUAAGUUUUUUUAAAACAGGCCCCCAGUGGAUCGGCCCCGAGCCGCCUGUCCCGCCAACUGAUAGCGAAGUCUAUGCCCAAGCCAAAUUAACCUCUCCAAGUCCAAAAGGAUUGGACCUUUAUCUAUUGGGAAGCUACAAACACAGAAGGAUUAAACGAGCCACUUGUGGCUCCAGAGCUGAAGCAUAACAUGUCAAUGGCACUGAGAGAGUUAAAUAUACUCUGUAAAAGCCUUACUGCUCUGUUUGUUUACGGCUGAGUCAUGUAGAAACCAUAAUAAUCAUCCCAUCAUGUAACUUUCAGUAGAUAGAAUAAUGGACAAGUAGUUUUCAACCAGGAGAAAAUUGCACCAGCCUUUUUUUGUCAUAAAAAUAACAAGGCAACCAUAAAGAGUUUGACCCUAGUGAUUCAAACCCAUUUUCUACUGUAGCUGAUGUGUUUCCAGAGUUCACAAAAAAGCAGGUAUGACGGGGUACUAUUUGUAGUGCCUGGUCAGCCGAGGUUUCAGUUCAAUAUCACAUGUGCAAUUAUUGAAGUAGAACAACCAGAAACUCUAAAAUGAGGUAAAAAGUCAAUUGUUUUCAUCAAAAUGUGGAAUAAACUUGGCUUGAGUAGCUUGACAUUUCCUCUACUGGUGGAGAGUG